UACAAUAACAUGUCGCAGAGUACAUUGAAAGAGUACUGUACACAUACACUAGUAAAAUGUUGAGUAUAAACCUUAAAUAUCGAAGUAAAGGUCAGCUAUUCUAAACUAACAUUAAAUCUAUUAGCUAGAAUAUCUGUAUGGGAUUUUGGGUGGCGCUAUGGCGUAUGGUGAAGAGUAGACGUGUCCUCCACUAGCUCCGAGGCAAAUUGACUUUUAUAUUAAUUUUGUUGUACCUUUUUCAAUAUAACUUUUUGCGAUUGCUUUUACUGUAGUAAGAAGACAGUUUAAACUAAUUAUUUCAACCUAGGCAUUACAAGAUGAUAAACACUCAACAGAAACAGGACACACAAAGAGGAGGCCGCAAAACAGCGCCUCCGCCUGAUUCUGAAACACCGGAACAGGAGAGCAGCGCGAUCUACUAGGACUGGAAGAAAAACCGUUACUUGAUCGUUUUCAGCGCUCUCUGCGGAACAAACCAGCGACCGGAUCCCAACCUUGAGCGUUUAUCAUUCGGGUUGCAUUUUUGUUUGUUCGUAAAACUAUUCUACGACGAGCAGGCGAGUCUUCCCCACUCCUUUACAAGGACAAACGGAUCUCUGUUUUCCCAGACUUCACAUCCUCUGUCACCAAGAAGCGUUCUGCCUUUUCUGCAGUAAAAUGGAGUCUGCGCUCCUUUCUGGAGGUCAAGUUUGGUCUUCUAUACCCCGCCACACUUAAAAUCACUAUGCCGGAUGGCACUUUGUGGUGUUUUGAAGACCCCUCUUUGGCCAGUGACUUUGUUAAAAAGAUCUGUAAGUAGAGUGGUCAGUGUGAGUCCAGGAUCAGUCUAAUGAUUGCAGGUAGAUAAUAUUAGGUCAUUUGUUCUGUAAUACUGGCCCUGGGUUAUCUACAGUUGUUUAUGGCUAUGCGUAGGUAUAUGGAUAUACACAUAUAUAUAUAUUACCCGCCCCCUCCCUUUUUUUGGUGUAUCAGUUGUUAAUGCUUAAACAGAUAAAAUCUAUGUUAUUUUGGUUUCAUUGAAUGUAUAGAGCAAUUUGUCUGGGUUAAUUUGGAUUAUGUGACCUUCACAACUCUAUAGGUACAUUUUGUUCAGCUUUAUUUUAUUUAUUAAGUCAAUUUUCUCUCCGGUAGCACUAUUCAUUUUAGCUUAGAUCUAUUGCGGAGCGUUCUAUGCCUUUAGUUAAGGAUUGAUUAUCUUUUAUUGGAUAAUAGAUUUCUUCCAUGUCUCAAUUCUACCUCUUGCUCAUAUGAACCAAUGGUUAUCUCAGACCAUUCUCCUGUUGCACUCAACAUUAGGUUUAAAGGCUUGGUUCGAUCACGCUACCCUUGGCGUCUUAAUACGUGCUUACUGUCAGACAAAAAAUUUGUUGAUAUGAUAUCCAGCCAAAUUGAUUUGUUGAGUACUAACAGGACCUCUGAUGUGUCUGCGUCUGUCUUAUGGGAGAUGUUGAAAGCUUACAUUAGAGGUCAAAUCAUCUCUUACAUGAAUUAUGAUAGAAGGCGGAGGAGGGAGAGAGUGGUCACUCUAACCAAUCGCAUUGCCCAAUUGGACGCAGUGUUUGCCAUUUCUCCGAGUCCUGAGUUGUAUAAGGAACGCUUCAGCUCAGUCAGAAUUUAAUACAUUGGCUGCGGACCGCGCUGUUGAGCUGUUACUUAAGACUAGUAGCACAUACUUUGAACAGGGGGAAAAAGCUGCUAGAAUGUUAGCUCAUCAAUUACGGCAGACUAUGUCCUCUCGUCAGAUUCCUGAAAUUGCAACAUCCUCAGCAGUUCAGUCAGUGUAAUGUCUGAGUACAUGAAUUACUCCGGGAUAUUGGUUUGUUUGAACUCAUAGGAAGUGUCAGCCACAUUAAAAAAGUUAACAGCUUAAGUCAUUUGUGGAUUAAUGCGUAUUGGAGAUGCGAAACGUUUAAAACUAUUCAGUUCGAUUUGGUGAACUGUUUAAAAAAGAUCUGGUUACAUUCGCGAACCGGAUAUCCAGACUGCUUUGUUUUGAACUCUCUCACAACAGAAAUGGAAGAGAAGACAAUGCGGAAUAAAGUCGUAGUUUUUGCUAUUUUUGGACCAAAAUGUAUUUUCAAUGCUUCAACAAAUUCUAACUGACCCUCUGAUGUCACAUGGACUACUUUGAUGAUGUGUUUCUUACCUUUCUGGACAUGGACAGUAGACCGUACACACAGCUUCAAUGGAGGGACUGAGAGCUCUCGGACUAAAUCUAAAAUAUUUUAAACUGUGUUCAGAAGAUAAACGGAGGUCUUACUGGUUUGGAAUGAUAUGAGGAUAUGAGCUAGCAGAGGAUAAACACACUCAGCAUGAACUCAUGCAUGAUGCAAAACUAUAUUAGAUUAUAAAACAAUCAUUUAAAAGAUUCAGUGCUCACCUGGUCACACAGCGCAGCUCUUGUGCUUUGUUUGUAAUCCCGGCGGGUGACGUCACGCGCCUCGGCCUCGCCCCGCCCCCGGAGCGCGAGAGCGAGAAGGUAGACAGACGCUCGACAGGUGCGUCUCACAGCUCCCGAGCGCUCCAGGAAUCAGAUUGUGACGAUGGGUCGGAAGGAGAUCGACUGCAGCUGGAAGAAAAUCACCAGCAACAUCAAGGACAUAUUCGACUUCAAGGAAGUUCUGGGCUCGGGCUCGUUUUCUGAAGUCUACCUGGUGAGAGAGAGAAAGACCGGGAAUUUCUACGCCCUAAAGUGCGUGAAGAAAAAACAGCUGCACCACUCGAACCUCGAGAACGAGAUCAAAGUGCUGAAGAGGAUAAAGCAUGAUAAUGUGGUGGGACUGGAAGAUUUCUACGAAACGAGGACGCACUAUUAUCUGGUCAUGGAGCUGGUGUCGGGCGGAGAGCUCUUCGACCGUAUUCUGGAUCGAGGUGUUUACACAGAAAAAGACGCCAGCCGUGUGAUCAAACAGGUCCUGGAGGCCGUUUCCUACCUGCAUCAGAACAGCAUCGUCCACAGAGACCUGAAGCCUGAGAACCUGCUGUACUACAGUCCAGAUGAGAACGCCAAGAUCAUGAUCACUGACUUCGGCCUGUCCAAGAUGGCUGAUCACGGCGUGAUGUCCACAGCCUGUGGAACACCAGGAUAUGUUGCUCCAGAGGUUCUGGCUCAGAAACCGUACAGUAAAGCUGUGGACUGCUGGUCUAUCGGUGUCAUAACCUACAUCUUGUUGAGCGGCUACCCACCGUUUUAUGAGGAGAACGAAACACGCCUGUUCUCAAAAAUCAUGAAGGCUGAAUACGCCUUCCACUCUCCGUACUGGGACGACAUUUCUGAGUCAGCGAAGGACUUCGUCAGGCACAUGCUGGAGAAAAACCCUAAUAAACGCUUCACCACUGAACAAGCGCUCAGUCAUGCAUGGAUCAUUGGAGACACGGCGCACAAUAACAACAUCAUUCAGUCCGUCGGUGAACAGAUUCAGAAAACCUUUGCCAAAUCCAAGUGGAAGCGAGUCAUUAAUGCGACGGUGGUGGUCAGUCACAUGCGGCGUCUGCAGCUGGCCCACGCUGACCCUCCGGCCCCCGCUCCACUGAUCCAGGUGCUGGACGUCUCGUCCCCCGGCCCGCCCUCGGAUGAGCUGGACACCAAUGGGAACCCCUCGUGCAGUCACAUGACCCUGUCACCUCAAGCUGAUGUCAGCAGGGGCCGGGGCCCGCUCAAGGCCUGUAACAGUGAGCCGAUGCACGCACUGGUCAUCUGUGAGACGGGGCAACACGUGUACUGCUCCGAGUCCGAACUACCCAGCGCCGCCAACAGAUCAGACAGAGUGACGUGUUGCACAGAUGAGCGGGGCCAGUCACUGCAGACUGGGGUUUGCUCUGUGAUGUGAUGGGCUGAUUGACAGCUGUCAGUCAAAUGAAAUCCUGCGCUCGUAGGAUGAUCAAGUGUGUGUUCUUCAUGGACGUUUCGGGACGUCGGAUCCACACGAGUGCCAAUCGCACACAUGUCUGCGUCUCAGAUCUUCAUCUCUCACUAGUGAAAGUGUUACUUCUGUCAUUUCAAGCAGAUUGAGAGUGUCAUUUAUCUCAGGAAUUCAGGACAAGGCAGGUUUAUUGUAUUAUUUUCCGUAUAUACAGUACAUGUACGAUAGUUGCAUUUGGGCCGAUGCCAAUGCAUCAUGGGAAGGGCAGAUCACGUGUGCCACUGUUUUACUGCGAGCGACGGCGGGUUUGAGUGUUUUUAAUUUCAAUCUUAUUUUCUUAUUUCAAACUCAUGCUCACUGUUGUAUUCAUAAUAUUUAUGUCUUAUAAAUGCAUAUAAGAUGAUUUAAUGUGUUAUUUAGGGGCUUAUUAAGUCGGUAUCAGCACAGAGCCCUGCUGUACCCCAUAAACACGCUGCUGUAUCUUUGUAUUAAAAUACAUAAAAUAAAGCUAUUUACACACCA